ACUGGUACAGGGCUGGGCGGUGGGUUUACUUUUGGUGCACCAGCAACAACAACUACGACAACUACAGCUGGUGGCCUGGCCUUGGGAGGGUUGACUGGUCUGGCUGCACCGGCCACUACUACAGCCAGUAUAGGGCUGGGUGGGACCGGCCCCACUUCCCAGGCCAGCACUGCAACAACAGGCACUGUAGGAACUAAACCAGGUGAUGGUAAAGCCGGGAAGGACAAUGAAGUACCCAAUGAAAUUGGUCAAAGUGUGGAAACAUUUAGAAAAUAUGUGAAAGAACAGAAGGAUGUGCAAGAUGAGAUCUCGAGAGUGAGCUCCAAGCCUCUUGAUAAGGUGCAGGAGGACAUCACAGCGCUGAGGCAGAUGUUAUCUGUGGUGUCCAGUGGGCUGCAGAGAAACGCUGUGGCCAUAGAGAAACUCAAGGCAGACUCUGCACAGGAACUGAAGAAUGUGGAGAUUGCCCAGCGCACUAAGGACACGCCCCCAGGCCUGCAGCACGAGCACACAGCUCCUGCAGAGUAUUUCCAGCGGCUGGUGGAACAGUUUGAGGUGCAGAUGUUGAUGUGUCGGCAGCAGAUUGAGCAGCUGGAGAACCACAUCGCUGCUCUCUCCCAUCCUGCAUACUUCACACCACAAACCCUGUCUUCUGUGCUGCGGAGACUACAUGAGACAUUUGUGGCCCUGGCAGGAAAUCUACAUGGGAUCCACGAGGCAGUCAAGACUCAGAAGGAGCAGUACCUGGUGUACAGGAAAGUGUUCCUGGGAGACACCUCGGAUGUGUUUGAGGCCAGACGGAAGUCUCAGUCAGCCUCCACCAGGUCCAAACCACCUCCAGUCACUGUUGGACCCUCUCCUUUUACUGGAAUGACCAAUGCAGCGGCUGUUGCCAUGGCAACAGCACUCAAUGCCCAACAGCAGCCAACAGCAGGUGCCCCUCCUACCCUGGGUCUGAACACUACAGGCAUCGGUGGACUGGGCACGACUGGUGCCUUUGGUACAGGUGCUACAGGCCUGGGCGCUACAGGCCUGGGCACCACAGGCUUGGGUACUACAGGCCAGGGCACUGCAACUCUGUUUGGUGGUACAGGAACAACAGGAUUUGGUACCGGGACUGGGGCCACCACCUUUGGGACAAGUGCUCCUCAGUUUGGUACACCGUUUGGUGCCACCACAACCACCAAACCAGCUACAGGUGCUGCUACACCCUUCCCGUCAAACGUAGGUCUGCUGUUUGGAACGUCAGCGUCCGGUGCCACCGCCGCAGCCAACAAACCCUUCCAGUUACAAAAGCCUCCUGCUGGAAAUAAGAAAGGGAAAAGAUUUUAGUGAUACUACCUAGUGUACCAUCAAGAUGUUUCCCAUGAAAUUAUUAAAAACCAAAGCCUGAGUGUCAGCCUUUUUAGCUUUCGUUCACUUCCCACAAUCUGCUGCCAGCCAGUCGGUAGUGGAUCAUGGGGAGUGAAUGAAAGCUAAAAAUGCUGACGCUCAGGCUAUGAAAACCAUGGAGCAUAAAUAACAGGACGUAACACAUAAAAUGCUAGUUAGGAAGAAAGGAUAUGUGACAAGAAAGGGAAGUACUGAACUUGUGAUAACUUGUUCUUGACUUGUAAUUACCAUAUUUACAAUGUACAUACAGUGCCAUGUCUCAGCCAUCAAAAUGGUGUUAGAUUCAGCUAUUGUACACUUACAGGAUACUAGACUCUGACUUUCUGAAAUACUGGGUAAUCAUGUUUGAUAGUAAAUCUAAAACCUUAAAUAGAAAACAAGUUUAGCUAUUGUAAAGGCUGUGUAUUUGUAUUGUUACACAUUGUACUUCUACUUGCAACAUCAUAGUGUUCUUGUCUACUCUUGUAACAGUAUUUUGAUUCAUACAGCUUGUAGCAAAUGUCAAGUCUUACCUUGAAAUAAACA